UUUUACGAGGUAUCAGCACUUUUCUUUCAUUAGGGGGAAGGCGUGAGGAAAGCACCAAACGGCAGCAGACUUUUAAACUUUAAAUAGACAGGUCCGAGUGUCUGAACUUGCCUUUCCUCUGGUAUCUCAUCCACCCAGGAGUUCCAGGCUUGGCGCGCCCGCUUCACUCCUUUUAAGUGAGAGAGAGGUGCCCAGGCAACAUGGGUGACUGGAGCGCCCUAGGGAAACUUCUGGACAAGGUCCAAGCCUACUCCACGGCUGGAGGGAAGGUGUGGCUGUCUGUCCUCUUCAUUUUCCGAAUCCUGCUUCUGGGGACAGCAGUUGAGUCAGCUUGGGGCGACGAGCAAUCUGCCUUUCGAUGCAACACGCAACAGCCUGGCUGUGAGAACGUGUGCUACGACAAGUCUUUCCCCAUCUCUCAUGUGCGCUUCUGGGUCCUGCAGAUCAUAUUCGUGUCUGUACCGACCCUGCUGUAUCUAGCUCAUGUGUUCUAUGUGAUGCGAAAGGAAGAGAAACUGAACAAGAAAGAAGAGGAGCUCAAAGUGGCCCAAACGGAUGGCAUGAACGUGGAGAUGCACUUGAAGCAGAUUGAAAUCAAGAAGUUCAAGUACGGCAUUGAAGAGCACGGCAAAGUGAAGAUGCGCGGGGGCCUGCUGCGCACCUACGUUAUCAGCAUCCUCUUCAAGUCCGUCUUCGAGGUGGCCUUCCUGCUCAUCCAGUGGUACAUCUAUGGCUUCAGCUUGAGUGCCGUCUACACUUGCAAGAGAGAACCCUGCCCACAUCAGGUGGACUGCUUCCUCUCGCGCCCCACGGAGAAAACCAUCUUCAUCAUCUUCAUGUUGGUGGUGUCCCUGGUGUCCCUUGCCCUGAACAUCAUCGAGCUCUUCUACGUGUUCUUCAAGGGGGUCAAGGAUCGGGUGAAGGGAAGGAACGACCCCUACCACCCUAACGCCGGCAGGCUGAGUCCCUCCAAGGACUGUGGAUCUCCAAAAUACGCUUAUUUUAAUGGCUGCUCCUCCCCAACCGCCCCUCUGUCUCCUAUGUCUCCUCCCGGCUACAAGCUGAUUUCUGGUGACAGAAACAAUUCCUCUUGCCGCAAUUACAACAAACAAGCCAGCGAGCAAAACUGGGCCAAUUACAGCGCAGAACAAAACCGGAUGGGACAGGCAGGAAGCACCAUCUCUAACUCCCACGCGCAGCCCUUCGAUUUCCCCGAUGAUAACCAGAAUUCUAAAAAAGUUACGGCUGCCCUGGAACUGCAGCCCCUGGCCAUUGUAGACCAGCGACCUUCCAGCCGACCCAGCAGUCGCACCAGCAGCAGACCCCGGCCUGAUGACCUGGAGAUCUAGUUGCAGGCUGGAGAGCAUCAAGGUUCCACUCAAGUUUGUGGAAGAGAUUAAAAAGGUGCUGUCAGUGUGUGCACCUUAGGUGUUCAUUUUUGUUCUAUUGGAGGUGGUACUCAAAGCCUUAGAAGUAAGGCUUGGAAACAAACACACACACACACACAAAACACAAAGACAUAGAAUACACUAGGGUGGGUGGGAUAUCUAGUAGAGGUGAGUGGAAACGGAAGGGGGGAUGAAGGAGAUACCUGCUGGUUGGUAUUUAAUGUAGUGGAUUCAAAGACGUUCCAAUGCUAAGAGCCAUAUUCGUGAGGGCUUUAUCUCCCCCUACUUCCCCCAACACACACCCUUAAGAGUGGCUCUGUGUAUGUGAAUGUGUGGGUGAUGUGUUAUGGCUAUGGAUCUUUUAAAAUGUUUGCUUUACCAAGAAACUGAAAGAACUUUGUUCAAGAAUAAUAAAUACUUCCUAAAACAUCCCAUUUUUCAACUAGAAAGAUAUGGUUGUCCUUAUGUCCCUGCUCAAAACAUUCCAUUGUUAAAAUUUGCACAUUGAAGGCCUGACCCUAGAGGUGUCAAAGGACUUAACGCUACUAUAUAUAUACAUAUGUAUUUUAAUUCUUGGUAUCAAUUAAAACUUCAGACAAGGCCCACAGAAAAAGGUUAUCCAUACAUGUGCAUCUCAGCCGGUUCUGUGUCCAUUCUUUAAUCCACUUCAUCAUGUUACCUUCACCUUCCCAUCAUUCCUCAAUCAGGACUCACAUUCAUCGAGUGCUUUCUGUAUACAUUUUUUUUUAUAAUAGCUGGGAUGUCAUCUACCAUUAUUUGCAUUAGUGUCAGGGAAACAAGCCAUGCUCCAUAGUUAAAUCACUUGCAUGUGUCUGUAUGAGAAAGAGUGUGUUUCUAUUUGUCAAGGUAUUGGUACAAGCAAAUGCAAUAUAAACUCACAAACACAAAUUUGAAAGUAAUGUACACACAAUGUUCAAAGUCAAGCCUUUCUCAUGGAUUUUGUGGUGUGGGCCAAUAUGGUGUUUACAUUAUAUAAUUCCUGCUGUGCAAGUAGAGCACAUUUUUUUUUCCUUAAAAUGAUUUCUUCCAUGUAUCCUAUUGUGGGUACUGAGUUUGUUCAUUAUGAUUUUUUCCUUUUUUUUUUUUUUUUAGAAUGUAGCAGUAAUGCUAUUACUGAAACAAAUGAUUUUUCUCUUCUGAAAUAUAAUCAUUGAUGCUUGAAUGAUAGACUUUUAGUACUGUAAACAGGCUUUAGUCAUUAAUGUGAGAGAUUUAGGAGAAAUGCGUAGUGUGGACUGUAGAGUUUGCCUAAAUGAGUUUUGCAGUAACUGAUGUUCUUGGUUUUGUUUUUUUUUCUUACUUAAUACACAUUAAUUCAGAAAUCAUAUUUCGAUUUGACAGGUGUUUGGAAUGACCAGCAGCUUUGAUGUUUGCACUAAGGUUUUAUUUGGAAUGCAAGAGAGGUUGAAAGAGAUUUCAGUCAUACACAUGUAACUAAUUUAUUUCAACUCUGCUAAAAGACAUCUAGUUGAUCUUCAAAUGCCUUUUUAAAAACUCAUCACAGGUGAUUGGGGGAAUGCUGAGUAUCAUACAUUUCACGUCAGCUACAUAAAUGGUUUUAUACAAUGAAAAAUACUAAUUUGUUUGACAUUCCAUGUUAAACUACUGUCAGGUUCAGCUUCAUUGCAUGUAAUGUAGACCUAGUCCAUCAGAUCAUGUGUUCUGGAGAGUGUUCUUUAUUCAAUAAAGUUUUAAUUUAG